UAGCUCGGGGCGUGUUCCACUGCUGAGUCAGGAAGGUAGAGCGCUGAACAGGUAGAGAGAGAACAAUCAGAGACAGAGAACCAGCUCCAGAGUGUAAAAGAAAGAAAAAUAAAUUAAGAAAGAGAGAUAUAGAGGUCCCACCCCGUCAAUUCUAUGGUUCUAUUGCCCGACCAGAGCACCGCAUCAACCAACGCUGAAUUUUGACCACAGAAACUGCCGUAUGACCGGAAGUGGAGCUGCACCGACACUGCGCCGGUGCUGACACGCUCAGCGGCUUUUUGAUCAUGAGACAGAGUGCUGCUUACCACGGUCUCUGGCUGACCUUCCUGUGUGUGGUGGUCUGGGGUGGCGCCGCAUCAGCUUUCAGGAUCUGUGCCUGCAAAGUGCACAAGCUCGACUCUCAGAAGGCGUCACACAAGAGACUGCUGCAUACGCUUACACGGAUCACUUCUCGCUGUGACGUCACAUUCCUCCAGGGAGUGAUGGCUUCUGAUGGCUCCAUUGUCAAAAUACUGCUGGCAUCACUCAACAGGUAUAGUGGAAGGGAAGCUCAAAGGUAUGACGAUUACCGCUACGGCUCAGUGUCCAGCCCCAGUCUGGGAAAUUCUGCUGAUGACCUGCAGAAGUACGUCUUCAUCUACAGGACAGAGACAGCGCAGGUAAUGGGUCAAUAUCAGUACCAAGGCCAGAAUCAGUUUGCCAGAGCGCCAUUUGCUGUUAACUUCCACAGCAACGCCACCGCAAUCAAGGACUUUGUUCUGGUCGGGCUAAAUGCGGACCCAAGCAGAGCUGUGCAGGAAAUCGACCGCCUGUAUGAUGUCCUCACGCAAGUGCUGAACAAAUGGAACAACAAGAAUGUGAUGUUCUUGGGAAAUUUUCAUGCUGGCUGCGCCUACAUGAUGCGCCGUGACAAGAAGAACAUCAGACUGUUCACCAACAAUAGCUUCUACUGGCUCAUCGGGGACAAAAGUGACACUACCAUCACGGACAAGACAAGCUGCGCAUAUAAUCGGAUCGUCGUGUACGGGAAGUCCUUCCUGAAAGGAAUAAUGCCGUUCUCUGCCAAUGUCUUCAACUUUGCUCAAGAGUUCAAACUGACCAGGACGACAGCUCUGCAGCUAAGCGACAACUUUCCUGUGGAGGUGCAACUCAAGAGCUCCGCCCUGCUACUUCAGGCCAUACCGCUCCUAUUUCUGCUUACCGUUGCUCUCCACUGCUUCCUGCCGUCUCUGUGAAUUCCAUUUCCUUUUAUCAUAUUGGCAUCCUCAGGGGAGAUCUUGCACCACGUGACCACGACCGCUAAACAUUCCUGAUCGUAUGUGACAAAAACAUCAAUUUUUUGGGCUAGUGUACUGUUUUGUCUCGAUGUGGGGAAAUUUUUUUUCUACUUUUCUUUUCUUUUUUUAAACCACGCUGACGUGCUACUUUCUUCAUGAACAUUGCUUUAAAGAAAGAAAUGUGUGUGUGUGUAUAUAUAUAUAUAUAUAUAUACACACAAACAUAACUGUCACAAAAUCAACCUGCCAUUUAUUAAUUUCCUUUUGAAGAUUUUUGGGGUCUUGGUCUGUUUUGCACAAAUCCUAAGAGAAAAAAAAAUACCAAAGAUACAAGGUGUCAAUAAAACCUCAAAAAGUACUUUUUACGAUUUGUCUUUGUACAUGGUGUAAUGAUUGCUUUUUAAAUUCUGUGAAAUAAAAUAAUAAAUGAAUAUUUAAAGUGUUUGUUCAUUAAAA